AUGAGUGGAAGAAUAGUUUGGGCCUUAGAGCCAAGUAAUCAUGUUUGGUGGCCAUCAAAGACGAUUUCACCAGAGGAUGUCGAUCAGGAAUAUAGGGAUAACAAGUUACCCAACUCAACCCUCUUAUUCUUCUUUGGAAGACAUAAUGUGCAAUGGAUAAAAGAUAUUAAUAUUAAGGGUUAUUCCGAGGAGUACCUUGAUCAGAGUCUACCUAAACAUUUGAUUGGAUUGUUCAAACAGGGUAUUAGAGAGAUGGAGGAUAAUAUCAAAGAGGAUAUCGAGGAUGGAGCAUCAAUGAAUACAACUUCCAGUGUAUCAGCCAAUCCUUCAUCAGAGGACGAUUUUGAUAUCAAUAUACUUGCCGGAAUGAAGUCAAAGAUGGAGGCUGAGAUUGAGAACCAUAUAAUACCGGCAGAGACAAAGAGGAAGUUGGACCAUAUUGUUGACAACAUAGAUGAUAAUUCACAUAAGAAGAAAAGGUCAUCGAUUGAACUGUUCCACAACAAUGUAUCCAAGGUUCCUUCCCAACAUGACGAAGAAGAUGGACCUUCAUCCUCACCUCCACGCAGAGUUGGACUCCCUGGAUACACUUCUCCCAACCAUGCUGCCAAAGUUGAUCCGCCUCCUCUAUCGGCCCACAAGAGUCCAUCUCUGCCUUGUAAACUGCCUCCAUCAUUCAUAUCUACGUUGAACAAGAAGAGGUCCAACACCAUGCCAGUCCAGAUUACUUCUCCUAAAGUGUCAAGUGGAGUACCUACCUCCAGUCUGGUCUCGCCAAAGGUAGCGUCUAUGAUGGUAAAGACACCAAUCACUCUAUCGUUCCCUCGAAAGAAUCAGACUGGUGUUGUUCCUCAUAUCUCUACACCUCAGCUCCCAAGCGCUUCGGCCACUCCAGCAAUGCAAUUACCAGCUUAUAUGAAGAGCCCGGCGGUACUAGGAUCUCCAAUGUUGCUAAAUAGUCAGCUAGGAUAUGCCCAACCAUUGCCAAAGUCAUCUGUUGGAAAGUCUGACAAGACCACGGACGGAGAGUGUGAGGAGAUAAUAUCCUCGGCAGCAUCUCAAUCAAUGAUGGCGAUGCCAAUGCUCCGCUAUAUGCCUUUUGCUCCACCAAUGGGUCUGAACACUUCUCUCAACAUGGAAACAACUUUUACCAGUCCCUUCCAGGGCCGUGUUGCAAUCAAGGGUUCUUACGAGCUCGGAUAUCAGGUGGAGGCAACAUUCAUGGGCAGGAGUUUCGUUGGAACACUUGUCGAGACACCUUCAUCAAUUGCUAAGCCUGCUGCCAUUCCUACUCUUGAUCCACAGUUGAUGGAGUCCUACCGGUUGUGGUAUGAAGCUUUGCAAAAGACGCAGGGUCAGGUAGUGCCUCAAGCUGCUGGUGUUAUCAAUAGUUCCGCUUUGACUUCCCCUUUGGCAACUGGUGUCAAGGUGCCAUCGACUCCAUCGACCAGUAGCGCCAAUCAUACUGCUCCACCAAAGACUCCAAACAUCUUGAUCAACAUUUCCAAGGAUGACCAGGCACCUUCAACGAUUGAGACAGCCAGUAGUAGUGGUAGUAGUGGCAACAAUAAUGUUGCUGGUAGUGGUACCGCGGCUGAUCCUUCCAACAAUGUCCAGUUUAAACUCUACCUUGACAAUGCGUUCAAGAAGCUUGAGCAGUUCCAGAAACAACAGACACAGAACUUGAGUGCCAAGCAGGAUGAGAACAAACAGCAGUUGACAGCACAGUACCAGGUUGAUAAGAGGAACGUGGAGUCGGCUGGAGGCGAUAAGAAUUUGAUUGAUCAAUUGAAUUCAAGGUAUCGCGAGAGUCUUGAUAGGUUGAAUGAGAAACAGAUGGACGAGCGAAACAAGAUGGAGACGACACAUUCACAGCAAGCCACCAAGUUCCUUCGCGAGGCAGAGAAGCAGUGGAUGCUCAAACAGAACAGGAAUUCUUCAUCGGAUAGCCUGGGUGUUGAUAGCAGGUCACCGAUGCCAUCACCAUCGUUGACCUCUCUGAUGUCGCCAUUGUUACAAUCGCCAUCGCCAUUCAAGGGCAGUCCAAUGGUAUCAUCAUUGUUGAAGGGAUCCAUCUCAUCAGCAUCUGAACAACAUGGCAACUCUGGACAUAACAAUCAUUCACCAGGUAGAUCCACAUCAUUACUUCUUCAAGAGAUUGGUAGAAAUGAUAAUAGUAACAGUCAAACAUUGCCACAUCUAUCAUUGGCUCCAACACCCUCCUCUUCCUCCUCUUCAUCCACUUCAUCCACAUCAUCCACAUCAACAACAUCUUCAACAACAUCAUCAUCGACUAAUAAUACUAAGACCAAUGGCAACAACAACAACAAACCAGAUUAUGAUAAGUUCCCGAGAACUAUGAUAACAUUGACAUCAUAG